AUGGAUUGCCAAUCCAAACCCGACGAAUUGAAAUGCAAAUGCCCUCGAUGCAAUUCUCUCCACACCAAAUUCUGCUAUUACAACAACUACAAUUACUCUCAGCCUCGCCAUUUUUGCAAGACCUGCCGCCGCUACUGGACCCUCGGCGGCUUCCUCCGUAAUGUCCCCGUCGGCGGUGGAAGCCGGAAAUCGAAGAAGAAUUCUAAACCUAAACGUGCGACUUUCACGGAUUCGGCGUGUAAUUCCAACUCUGGUGUUAUUGGAUCUGAUUUGGAUAUGAGGUCGAGUCCGUUGAAGUUGAAUCAAUCGGGGGAUUUCCCGUGGAACGGAAGGGAAUUUGAAGCUGGGGAUCCGGCGGCGGAGGAGGGAUUUGGAUUAGAUCAUUUGGCGACGAGUUCCGGUGAUAGUGGAAGUUCGUGGUUGAAAUUCUACGGAUUAACGCAUCAUUUUAACAAUUCAUGAUGAUUGAUUAAGGAGAUAACGAUUAGACUAAUUUAUACAAGAAAUGUAUCUCUCUCUAUCUCUCUAUUAUGCAAUUAAGUUUCCGUUUCUUCUCUUAAAUUUUGAAAUUAAAGUUGAGAAUUAAAUUAUGAGAAUCAAUCUCUAUUUUUGGUAC